AUGAGCAGCAGCAGCAAGCGCCAAGCCAAGACGCCGCCGACGAUCAUCGACCUCGACCAUGUCCUCAUCGCCAUCGCCCAGUGCAUUCCUGUCGCCAAGGACGUCAUGGCCUUCCUUGCUGCGCUCCCGGCCUCGGCGCGCAGCCGCCCGCUGACCGCGCUCUACCAGCUGCUGCAAGACCCCCGGCGUCAUGUCCUGGCAACCGAGUCGGAGCCUCUGGACGCGCUCUGGCCUCUGCUGCGCCUGGAUGUGAUCACACCUGCAGCGACGAGUCUGGUGCGCGACGCGAUGCCGGUCAUUCCGAGUGCUAGCGCAGGUACCUUGAGCGCCGCACGACCCAGCGACCUCGAUGCCUUGGAGUGGCUUGAGCUGUGGAGCACCAAGCUCACACACUACAAGCACGUGGAAGACGACGCCGUCUACGACCGUUCCCAACUCUGCAGCGUCUUGCGCCAAUGCCACAAGCUCCAGGUCGUCGACACGAGCAGUGCGAUCGACGUCCCGUCGUCCAUAGCGUUCUUCGAGGCCGUCACGACGCCUCUGCACGGCGCCCGGCCUCUCACGAUCACUAGCUCGCAGCCCGCAGCGAUUUUCCGGAAUUUGUUGGUGUCGAUGCCCCGCUCUAUCCGCCAUGGUUGCGGGAAGAUCGAACUCAUUGGCUCGGGGAUGCGAGAUGAGGACGCUUCGGCGCUGGCGGCGGCGCUACGACACACGGCGAGCCCGCACGGUGCCAUCCUGGAUUUCAGUGACGUCCGACUGUCUGUGCAGAGCUACUUGGCACUGGGCGACGCUCUAACGACGUGCCGUCGCGUCUCGAUCGAGCUGCCACGCAUUCGAAGCGAAGUGUUCAAAAGCGAGGCGGCCAAGCGUCACAUCCGGUACCGCUACGGACGCACGAGCAGGCGCCUCCGCUGUCUCGUGCUCCAGAGUCCCAUGGACGGUGCCUAG